AUGGAUCUCUAAUACCAAGAAUAAUUGAAUAUCAAAAGAACUUUAGGAUAUUGGAUUCCAGGAGCAUCAUUGGAAACAAUGAAAUAGAAAUUAAAUCAAAAAUCUACAAUUUCUCCAUUCAAAAAGGAAGAAUUCUUGAUUGAAAUCAAAGCUGGAAAAUUUAAUUUAUCCUAAUAAGAUGAUAAAUAUUUAUCAGAAACAGAGAAAGCCUAUUUGAUUGCUUAUAAUCCUGAAAAAAGAGUGCGAAGCGAUUAUGAAUGCAUGUUUAUGAGCAAUGACGAAAAAACAUCUGAUAGAGAAGAAUAAACUAAUUAAAAAUGUGAAAAUCCAAAUUGUCCUGGAACUGAUACAAAAUGGAUUGAAUGCAGUGAAAAAAAAUGUUGGUAUCAUUAAAGUUGUGCAGGAAUACCUCUGAAUAAAACACAAGAAGAAAUCGAUUAGAUGGAUUGGAAAUGUAGAAAAUGCAGAAAAAGGUGA